CCGUUACUGACGCCAGCGAAGACGAAGAGCGCGCGGAGGGAACCGGAAGGACGGAGGCUGACUGAAGGACGGUGCCGUGCCGUGCCGUGCCGUGCUGUGAGUGAGCUAGCUCAGGAAAGAUGCUGUCCAAUAUCUCUAAUGUGGUGAGAGCCGGCGUCCAGAGAAAUGGAGUUGCAGCGGUCAUGUCAGCGCGCACGUAUGCUGACUUCACAGCACAGGCUUCGUUUGAAAUAAAGAAAUGUGACACCCACAAGCUGGACGAGGCCCCGGCCACUGAGGUGGUCAUGACCCGUGAGGAGGGUCUGCAGUACUACCGCACCAUGCAGACCAUGAGGCGUAUGGAGCUGAAGGCAGAUCAGCUGUAUAAGCAGAAGAUCAUUCGAGGAUUCUGCCACUUGUAUGAUGGACAGGAGGCCUGUGCAGUUGGUAUUGAAGCAGCAAUUAAUCUGUCAGACCACCUGAUCACCGCAUACCGCGCUCACGGCUACACUUACACCAGAGGAGGGACCGUGAAGGAGAUCAUGGCUGAGCUCACUGGCAGAAGAGGAGGUAUUGCAAAAGGCAAAGGAGGCUCUAUGCACAUGUACUGUAAGAACUUCUAUGGAGGAAAUGGAAUUGUCGGAGCUCAGGUUCCCCUUGGUGCUGGUGUGGCUCUGGCCUGCAAGUAUAUGGGCAACAAUGAGCUGUGUGUCUCUCUCUAUGGUGACGGUGCUGCCAACCAGGGUCAGAUUUUUGAAACGUACAACAUGGCAGCGCUUUGGAAGCUGCCCGCCAUCUUUGUCUGUGAGAACAACAGGUACGGCAUGGGAACGUCAGUGGAGCGAGCUGCUGCCAGCACCGACUACUACAAGAGAGGAGACUUCAUUCCCGGUUUGCGGGUGGAUGGGAUGGAUGUUCUGUGUGUUCGGGAAGCAACCAGGUUUGCUGCUGAACACUGCCGAUCUGGGAAGGGCCCCAUUCUCAUGGAGCUGCAGACCUACCGCUAUCACGGACACAGUAUGAGUGAUCCUGGCGUCAGCUACCGUACACGUGAAGAGAUCCAGGAGGUCCGUGGUAAGAGUGACCCCAUCUCCUUGCUGAAGGAUCGCAUGCUCAGCAACAACAUGGCCAGCGUGGAGGAGCUCAAGGAGAUUGAUGUGGAAGUUAGGAAAGAAAUCGAAGAUGCUGCUCAGUUCGCCACCACAGAUCCUGAACCCCAACUGGAGGAAUUGUGCAACCACAUCUUUUACAACAAUCCACCCCUGGAGGUGCGCGGCACAAACCCGUGGACCAAGCUGAAGUCCGUUAGCUAAACAUUUUUCAUCCACCCUAUUAUAUAUUAACCCCUUCCUACCCCUACACUUGCAUACACACGUCAAAUGUACCAUCAACUGGUGCCUCAGACUCAAGAAGAAUCAACAAGUAAAUUUAUUUCUGAACAUUUGAACAGCAGGGACCGUAUUCACAAAGGUGUUCUGAGAAUAAAAGUAACACAAUGUACAAGAACACUAAAGCAUAAAAUACUGUAAAGUCUGAUUUGAAAUGUUUGUUACAUCACUCCUGUCGGUGUGUGCAUACAGACACCAGACACACUCCGAAAUAUCAGAGCUUAGGUUACCAUCAUUGAUGUUAGUGGAUUACUUUCUUUAUCUCAUGAAUGAAGUAGGAGGAGGAUAUAGGAGAUAUACAUUAAUACCUGUAUGUUGUUUUAGAUGGAUGUAUUUCAAGCUUAUUGGAUUCUCUUAAUAUAAAGUAUUUAUCUUCAGACGGUUUUGUAAAUCUGGCCCCAAGUGAUGAUAUUUAAGAUUGUAAAUUUGCUCGUUUGAUAAUUGUCUGGUCACUUCUGAGGUCGCUGUUCAUCUCAAAGACUGUCUGACCUCUGCUUUGUACUCUUGAAACUGAAGUGUACAUGGUAAACCAGUCAGUUUGAGUUGAAUAGUUGUUACCUUUUUAUAAAUAUAUUCCCUUGUUACAAAGAUGCCAUCAGAGGCAUUGGGUAAAUACUGUUGGUGCAACAUUAAAUAUAUAAAAGAGAGUAAAGAUACCACGGGAAAGGUAUCCUGCCAAACCAAACA